ACAGCGCUGCAGCAGUUCCGCUGAAUGUCCGCUUCUGCAACCGAGAAGGGAUUAGUGAGAAACACCCCGGGACGACAUCGGCUUCAGAGUUUGUCGGCCACCGGGUUUCACACUUUGCCCCGAACCGAGGAUAGCCUUUACCGUUCACAGCACUUCGGAGAUUUAGGCAUGAACUGAGGAUGAAUGUAAACCAGCACACUCCAAUGGCCUCUCCCUACGGCCAGCCACAACCUGGCUACAGCCAGCCCGGCUACACUCCCCUGGAUGGGGGAUACCCCGCCCCCUAUGCACCCUACAAUGGCCCUGCUUCGGCUUACCAGCCUGGGGCGCCACCACCAGGUUAUUCUCCUUUCACAAGCUUUCCCUCUAAGGCUGUGGCAGCCAACCCAACCUCUGACCUCUCCUCUCCUCUUGACUUAGGUCCUGCCAGGGGUCCCCCCACUUCCGGACCCCCGCCGGUCUCAGCACCUCAACCAUAUAAUCAGUACAGUCAAGGGGACAUGCAGAAUGGACCCCCACCUAUGACGCAGGCGCCACCCAGACCUGCUGCGUCUCAGCCAUACACCCAGGAAGCUAUGAACUUGUCAGGGCCGCACCCCAGCUAUCCCCAACACUAUGGGCCCCCACCCACAGUACAGCAGGUCACCAACCAGAUGACGGGCAUGCAGAUCGCCUCUGGACCACCAACACCAGCGGGGCCAGGAUAUGUUCCACCACACAGCUCCCAGCCCCCGGGCGUUGCUUCAUACUCAGCCGGACCUCCGGCCUCCUACACCCAAGCUCCUCCUCCUGCGUCCUCUGCUCCCACCCAGCCACCACCUUCCCGUGGCCCUGCAGCUUCUCAGCAAUACUAUGGAGGCCCACCACCUCCUUCUCAACAGCCAUUCAACUCUUCUCUUCCCCCUACCUCUCAACAGCAGUUCACCUCCUCUGCACCGCCGCCUCCUUCCGCUCAGCAAACCUUUCCUCCCUCGUCCUACUCAGGUCCUGUGCCUCCACCCAGCCAAGCUCCUGCUCCCCCAGUGUCCCAGCCACAGCAGUCCUUCCCCCCAACCCAACCACCCUUCUCUUCAGCGCCUCCACCUGUCAGCCAGCCUGCCUUCAUCUCUGGUCCGCCUCCCACUGCUCAGGGGUCCUUCCCACCUAGAGCACCCCCACCUUCCUCUCAGCCUGGAUCUUUUCCUCCCCCUGGUCCUCCUCCAACCUCGUCUCUCUCCGGCCAAUACCCAGGGCCCAUGCCACCCCAACAACAGCCCCCUCCAUCCCAGCCAUCCCCAUAUCACUCAGGUCCACCUCCUCCCAGAGCUCAGAUGCCUCCCACUUCCAUGGCGCAGAGCAACCACCUGCCUCCAGGACCACAGGGCCCACCAGGCCCUCCUGGGCCCCUGCAGCAGCAUCCACCUCAGCCUGGCAUGCAGGGAGGAUACCCUCCUCAGCAGAAUGGUGCGUUUGGGCAGGUGAGAGGCCCUCAGCCUGGCUAUGCAGGCCCUUAUCCGGGGCAACCAAACUAUGGAGCCCCUGCACCAGCACCGGCUCCUGCUCCACCUGCACAGAAAAGGCUUGACCCAGAUGCUAUUCCUAGCCCGAUCCAGGUAAUAGAGGAUGACAAGGCUAAGAGCACCGAGCCAUUCACCACAGGGGUCAGAGGUCAGGCCCCACCGCUGGUCACCACCAACUUUCAGGUCAAAGACCAAGGGAAUGCCAGUCCCAGGUUUGUUCGCUGUACGGCGUACAAUAUACCUUGCACAGCCGAUUUGGCCAAGCAGUCUCAAGUGCCACUGGCCGCCGUCAUCAAGCCCCUCGCCACGUUGCCGCCAGAUGAGACCCCUCCAUACCUGGUGGACCAUGGCGAGGGCGGUCCAAUUCGCUGCAACCGCUGCAAAGCCUACAUGUGUCCAUACAUGCAGUUCAUAGAGGGAGGUCGCCGCUUCCAGUGUGGGUUCUGCAGCUGCGUCACAGAGGUGCCUCCACAUUACUUCCAGCAUCUGGACCACACUGGUAAGAGGGUGGACUGCUAUGACAGGCCGGAGCUUUCGCUGGGCAGCUACGAGUUCCUGGCCACUGUGGACUACUGUAAGAAUAACAAGCUUCCUCAGCCUCCAGCCUUCAUCUUCCUUAUCGAUGUUUCCUACAACGCUGUGAAGAGCGGCAUGGUCAGCAUUGUCUGCCAGGAACUCAAGACCCUUCUAGACUACCUGCCCAGGGAGAACCCAGAAAUGGACUCUGUGGUCCGGGUGGGUUUUGUCACCUACAACAAGGUUUUGCACUUCUACAAUGUCAAGUCAAGCCUGGCCCAGCCCCAGAUGUUGGUGGUGUCGGACGUAUCGGACAUGUUUGUACCUCUGCUCGAUGGUUUCCUGGUCAACGUAAAUGAAAGCCGGCUAGUUAUUGAGAGUUUACUGGACCAGAUCCCAGAGAUGUUUGCAGACACAAGGGAGACAGAGACGGUCUUUGGACCCGUGAUCCAGGCAGGACUGGAGGCCCUGAAGGCUGCUGACUGUGCAGGGAAGCUGUUUGUGUUUCACACCUCUCUGCCCAUCGCAGAGGCUCCUGGAAAAUUAAAGAACAGAGAAGACAAGAAGCUGAUUGGGACAGAUAAGGAGAAGUCUCUGUUUCAGCCCCAGGUGGGUUUCUACAACACCCUUGCUAAGGAGUGUGUCGCCCAGGGCUGCUGCGUAGAUCUCUUCCUCUUCCCCAACCAGUAUGUGGAUGUUGCCACAUUAGGGGUGGUUCCUGUGUCCACUGGAGGUUCAGUCUACAAAUACACUUACUUCCAGGCUCAGUCGGAUCAGGAGCGAUUCCUGAAUGACCUCAGACGAGACAUUCAGAAACUAGUAGGGUUUGAUGCCGUCAUGAGGGUGCGAACCAGCACAGGUAUCCGAGCGACAGACUUCUUCGGCUCUUUCUUCAUGAGCAACACCACAGAUGUGGAGCUGGCGGGUCUGGACUGUGACAAGGCCAUCACUGUCGAGUUUAAACACGAUGACAAGCUCAGCGAGGAGACGGGAGCGCUCAUGCAGUGUGCCGUGCUAUACACCAGCUGCAGUGGACAAAGGCGUCUCCGCAUCCACAACAUGGCCGUCAACUGUUGCUCCCAGCUGGCUGACCUCUACCGCAACUGCGAGACCGACACAAUCAUCAACUUCUUGGCCAAAUAUGCUUACCGUGGCAUCCUGAACAACCCCACUAAGGCGGUGAGAGACACUCUGGUCAACCAGUGUGCUCAGAUUCUGGCCUGCUACCGGAAGAACUGUGCGAGCCCCUCAUCAGCUGGUCAGCUGAUCCUGCCAGAGUGCAUGAAGCUGUUACCAGUGUAUCUGAACUGCGUGCUGAAGAGUGACGUGCUGCUGCCGGGAGCCGACGUCUCGUUGGACGACCGGGCUUACCUGAGGCAGCUGAUCAGCUGCAUGGACGUCGCAGAGACCCACGUCUUCUUCUACCCCCGCCUGCUGCCACUGAUUAAGUUGGAAAGCGGGUCGUUGCCGGUGGCGGUGAGGGACUCAGAGGAGAGGCUGUCGAAAGGUGGAGUUUACCUCCUGGAGACGGGGCUCCACCUCUUCCUGUGGGUGGGAGCCAGUGCUCAGCAGGAGCUGCUUCUUAACAUCUUUGGCACACAGAGCUUCAGCCAGAUCGACCCGAGCAUGACAAGUCUGCCAGUGCUGGAAAACCCUUUCUCUCAGAGACUGAGAGAGAUCAUCGACUCCUUCAGAGCACAGCGGUCACGAUACAUGAAGCUGAUGGUGGUGAAACAGGAAGACAGAGCCGAGCUGAUAUUUAGACACUUCUUGGUUGAGGACAAGAGCGCCAGCGGGGGAGCGUCAUACGUGGACUUCUUGUGUCACAUGCACAAGGAGAUCCGCCAGCUUCUCAGCUAGGCCCCCUCAAAAUUCCCACCUGUAUGACUCCCCUCCCCCACCACUACCACCCACCGCUGACCCUUACCUGGUUCACCCCUCCUUGUGAAAGAACGAAAGAAAGCGCUUUAUCUUUUUUUUCCUCUUUUCUUUUUUUUUUUUAACCUAAUAAACUUAAGCUCUCCUUGCUGUCUGCCACAGACAAGCUGGCAGAUCUUGUCGCGUGAGUGUUAACGUGAGUGUGUGUAUGUGUGAGAGAGAGAGAGAAAGAGAGGAUCUGAUGUUAAUAGAGCUUUACUCUGCCUCAAAUCUGCUGCUCCAACGCAGCAGGAGCAAAACAACUGGCGAGGGAGGGUAAUGUAUAUACUCAAGUGAACAAUUAUAUGUAUGCAACAGACUGAGCGAGUGACGGGGACACUGAUGUUGACUGUAGUCGGUGUACUGUCUGUAAUACUAGCACUGAAAGGUUUUUUUGGGUGCAUAAAUGAUCCCCAGAUAGCAAACACUUUUUAUAUUAUUAAAUCCCGAUAGAGUGAAGGACAUCUACGUACCGAGACAUAAAUGGAAUUAAAGAAAUGCUGUUCUUUCUGUAUCUUCUCCCCUUUAAUCAUGGCCUUAGUACCCCCUCCCCAUGCUGCUCCAAUCAUCCAUAAUGUGUGCGUGUGUGUGUGAAUGUGUUUGUUUCCAGAUGUGAGAGGAUUAGGAUUACCCGCUGCCCAAUUCUUAUUUCCUGGUGGAUCUCCAGAUGUGCGCAUCCGAAUUUAAGCCCUAGAUUAACGGCUCAAACCGGAGUCUGACGAGUUUUCACCUGCAAAAAGAAUUUAAAAACUAAAAUCUGUUUUCAGUGUCCGCAAAUGUACUGAAAAUAAAGGUGCACUGAUAACCAGUCAUUACAGUAAUUGGUAUAAUCCAGAUUUGUUUAAAUCAGCCUCGAUUUGCACAUCUGGCUCCAAUGAGUCAGUUGUGGAAAUUGUUGUCAUGAUUCUGUUGUGAGAGUUUAACGUCUAUGCAGCACUGUGAAAAGCUAGAGAGGGAAUUUAAAAAAAAUAAUAAUCAUAAAAUAAAAUGAAGAGAAAAUAAUCAAGGACGGGUGUGAACCUUUGAUCUAAGCAUCACAGUAAUGGGAAGUCCUCCCACUGGUCACUUUCAGUGGAUGAUUCUGUCUGUUGAUGGUUUGUAGUGCUGCAGACUUUAUAUUGAUCAAAAGCUUUGAUGUCCACAAAUGUAUAAAAAUGCAAAUUCCAGCAGACAGAAAUGAGCAUGGAGUGGCUGCAGAUAAAUGGACAUCAGAUAAUGUUUGCAAACUUUGGAUUGUCUCCGCACUGACAGUGUUCGGUGUGUAAAUAAAAUAUAUAGUCUGUACAGAAUUAAUAGAAAAUAACAAUUUUAAAGACCUGCUUGAACAGCUGUGGUUUGUUGAUGGUUGGUUUCUUUGUCACAAAUAGCCGAAAUAUAAAAUCAUGGCUUUUACUGAAGAGAGGAAGAAGCAGAGACUGGCUUUGUGAUCUGUUUGUGUAUGAGUGAGUGCGAGGUGUGUGUGGUUAUGUGUGUGUGUGUGUGUGUGUGUGUGUGUGAGAAUGUGGGGUCGGUCCUGGUGAAUUUCUCCUGAGGAACAGAGGGAUCAGCCAGCGUGCACACACACAUACACACACACUACCCACGAGAUUAAUUUCAGUCUUCUUUCUUUAUCACUUUGUUCCUUUUUUUUAACUCUGUGAUUUUUGUGUUUGUUUGGUGUGUGUGUGUGUGUAGCCCUCUGUUCCAUCUUUAUGCUCACUGAGUUUGAUAGACCCUUUGUCUUGACCGUAACCUUAAUUUCUGUUCCUAUUUUUCUUUGAUUUGUUUUAUUUUUCAUUGCCUCUUGGGACUGCUAAUAAAAUGAGGUAAAAAAAAAAAAAUAGAAACUCCACACUGUGCUUCUCCCCGCUCUGGUGGUUUUCUGUCUUCAUUGAAGAAAGGUUUUAUUAAAAAUUAUAGAUGUAUAAAUACAUGUAUUUUAUAUUUCAUCAAAAUACAUCC